AUGAAGGGUGAUGCAUUCUAUGAAUAUCUAUCUUCUCUGGGCUACAUUGCAAGAUCAGAAGCUUCUCGAUUAUCAGCAAGCUUUGGCGAGACAAAAAAUAGACGGAGGGCACGAGCUUCUCGAAACUACUUGAGCAGCGGUUCGCUAAUGUUUUCUCCAGAAGAAAUUUCAUUGCUGAGUCAGUCUAACGUCUACUCAAAGAUUUCGUCCCAAUCAAUGGACGCCACAGAUAGAACUAUAUAA